UUUGAUUUCUUGUUUGAUUCUUUGGAGAUGUGAAAAUAUGCUUGACUUGCCAAAAGUAAUGCUCCAGUUAUUCUGCCAAUCUCCUGUUGGCAGAAAUUGCCUCGCUGAUAGCCUAUACUAGGCUAUAGUGUGUAUGCUAGUGUCCUGUGUUGUUGGAAGAUUUGUGAGGCGUGGGUACGGGUGUUGUCUCGUCGCGACUCCUGCACUCCACAAAAGGUGCUGUUGACGUGCAUGCUUCUUGAAUUCGAAAUGACUACUUUCCAGCCAGCCCAGACCCCGAGCAGUGGGGACGAAGCACCACUCGCCACCUCUCGAAAUGAGGAUAUUCCAUUGCUUAGAGGAGACUCCGUUGCCUCAACUCGUCUACGUAGCGGCGAGCCUCAAGUGGACAUAAAUGUUCUGAACGAUUUUACACAUUACGACGAUUUCCACACCAUAGACUGGGUGAGGGACAGGACGCGGGAGCGUUACCGUCAAAAAGCACUGGCCAGGAAGGUCCGCAAAGGUGGAUAUGCGGACAAAUUGAAGAAAAGCUACGACGCGUCCUCUGGAUGGAUCAUAGUGCUGUUGGUUGGAAUGGCGACUGGGUUUGCUGCAGGUGUGAUAGACAUUGGUACAACGUGGAUGAGUGACCUGAAGGAAGGAGUUUGUAUGGACAGCUUCUAUUUCAAUAAGGAGGCAUGCUGCUUUGGGAGCAAUGAGACGUCGUAUGAAGUGGAGCAUUGUAAAGAGUGGAAGACCUGGGCUGAGCUCUUUCUCACAACAGACGACGAACACCAAGUCUACAUCUUCAACUACUUCUUCUAUGUGAUUGUGUCGGCCAUGUUUGGCACAAUGUGUGUCUGGCUUGUGAGGACAUUUGCACCGUAUGCCUGUGGCAGUGGAAUACCGGAGGUGAAGACCAUUCUCAGUGGCUUUGUCAUCCAUGGCUACCUUGGUGCGAGAACUCUGUUUGUCAAGUCUCUGACCAUCAUGAUGGCGGUGGCGGCUGGGCUUAGCCUGGGCAAGGAGGGACCUCUUGUUCACGUGGCCUGCUGCUGUGGCAACAUCUUCGCACGCAUUCACAGCAAGUAUCGGCGUAAUGAGGCCAAACGACGAGAGAUCUUGUCAGCCGCAUCAGCAGCUGGUGUGUCGGUGGCGUUUGGUGCGCCGAUUGGCGGCGUGUUGUUCAGCUUAGAAGAGGUCAGCUACUACUUUCCGCACAAGACAAUGUGGAGGUCGUUCUUCUCCGCCCUGGUGGCAGCGUUUGUCCUUCAGCAGAUGCACCCGUACCAGACAGAUCACAUUGUCAUGUUCUAUGCGAACUACAGCACGCCAUGGAAUCUGUUUGAGCUGCUGCCCUUCCUCGCGCUCGGUGUCUUUGGUGGUGUAUUUGGCGCUAUCUUCAUCCACGCUAACCUGUGGUGGUGCAAGCUGCGGCGCUCAACACGUCUCGGAAAGUACCCGAUCAUUGAGGUGCUCGGAGUUUCAUUCCUCACCGCUAUGUUUGCCUAUCCGAAUCAGUACACUCGGAUGGGCGCUAGCGAGCUUAUUGCUGUGUUGGUGAAGUCGUGCAGUGCGGCAGAUGCUUCGCUGUUAUGUGACUACAACCAGUCUAGUAUUCUGAAUGUCAACGACCGGUACAGCGAGCAUUACGAUGAGGUGGCGCUGAGCGGUGUGAUGCGUUCACUCUGGCUGCUCACGCUGGCCAUGGUCUUCAAGGGCUUCAUCACUGUCUUCACCUUCGGACUGAAGGUGCCUUCUGGUUUAUUCAUCCCAAGCAUGGCCGUAGGUGCGUGUGUUGGCCGUAUUGUGGGCAUUGGUAUGCAGCAGCUAGCAUGGAGGUACAAGGACCACAGCUUCUUUCUGUACUUCUGCCCAACGAGUGUUGGUUGCAUCGAACCAGGUCUUUAUGCCAUGGUCGGGGCAGCUGCAUCGCUGGGAGGUGUUACCAGAAUGACAGUUUCACUGGUAGUAAUCAUGUUUGAGCUAACAGGUGGUCUGCAGUACAUUGUACCGCUAAUGGUAGCCAUUAUGACCAGCAAGUGGGUCGGCGACAGUCUCAGCAAAGGUGGAAUAUAUGACGGCCAUAUUCUGCUUAAUGGUUACCCAUUCUUGGACAGCAAGGAAGAUUUUGAGCACAUCACGCUAGCAUGUGAUGUCAUGAGACCAAGACGCAAUGAAGCACCGCUCACUACAAUCAGUAUAUGUGGGACCACAGUUGGCUGUAUAAAAAACCUUCUUAACACAACUGUAUACAAAGGUUUCCCUGUUGUAGUGGACAAUGAGAGUCAGCUUCUUGAGGGCUACAUCAACCGGCAAGAGGUUUCAGUAGCACUAGACCGUGCCCUGAAGUCCUACGGCGUGACGGAAAACUCCUUGGUCUAUUUCAGCGCACGUCCUCCUCGUAAUCUGGACACAAACCGUGACCAGCAAGUUGGACUGGCUCACAUCCUGGAUGCUAGUCCGUUCCAGGUCACAGAGCAGACACCAAUGGAGACUGUUGUGGAGAUGUUCCGGAAGAUUGGCCUACGUCAAGCGCUUGUAGUUCGCAAUGGGCGGCUGCUAGGAAUCAUCACGAAGAAAGACGUUCUCAAGCACGUUGAUCAGAUGAGCACUGUCGACGUUGAUGCAAGAAUAGUACAUUGAGGUGGGAUGGUGGUGGUGAUGCUGUGAUGCUGUGAUGAUGAUGGUGGUGGUAAUAAUGCUGCUUGCUACGGCACUGUCUUGCAAGUGCCAGCCAUCGGAACCCUCCCAGCUUGCUCUGUUCGUGUGGCGUCAAGCCCUUAGCAGUGCACCCUGUGCUGAAUGCCGGCCAUCGGAACUCUCCCAGCCUGCUCUGUCCAUGUGCCAGCAUGCUCUUAGCAGUCCUGGCAGCCAUCGGAACCCUCCCAGUCUGCUCUGUCCGUGUGCCGGCAUGCUCUUAGCAGUACACACGGUGAUGCUGCUGCUGCUGUGUUUUUUGUAACACAUAGAUUCUACUUCGUAGCUGUAGUGUACCAGCAUGGCUGCCACUGCCCUAGAAACACAAUACAGUCCGGGACAGAUAGACGGACCGGAUUUUUAGUUUUAAUAGUAAUUUUAGUACAGUGUGUAGUGCGUUUAGUAGCAGGGCUCAUCUGUCACAACUUCCUUUUGAAAUUUGUGUAUUGUUCCAUGUACAGAUGCUAUGCCUGCUCUAGACAUGUAUAUGGUUGCUGUCUUAGGUGCAACAGAAUGUCUUGCGACCACCUGUAUACAUCGUGCAUGUAUCUCCAUUGUGUGUGUGUAGCCAUUGUGUGUGGACGUUCAUUGUGUGUAUGUGUUUAUUUUGUCCACGUGUUUGUGUUUAUGUGCUUUGUAUGCAUGUGUAUUGUGUACUGUUCGCCCAUGGUUGCAUGUGUACAUGUUGUGUGCCUGUGUUUGUUUGUGUACAUGUACCUGUAAGGCUGUAUGCAUGAGAGUAUGCUUUCUCGCCCGAGUGGGAGUAUACGCAUUUGCGAAAUGUUGAACGCUACGUUCUAUGUAUUCUGCUCCAAGCUUGCUGGCCUUGCUUGUGUUUGAUUUUGUCAUUCCCUAAGCGUGGAUAAGACUAACAUGUCCAUGCUGUUAUUUAUGCUCACAUGCUGGAAGUUUUCCGAUUGCUCAAGUUUUCUCCUAUUUUACCAUACUAUUUUACCCCCUCCCCUCUCUCCCUCUUCUUUCUCAUGUGACUUCAUGCAUGCUGCAGCUGUGCUGUGCUUUUCUCCUGCGGUUAGUUAGUUGCUUGUAGCAGCGUGCGUGCGGCUGAUUCUAAGCAUGAUAUUCAUUGUCCUCGGCCAUUAGGUUCUUGUAUCACACGGCUGGGUUCCAUCUCUCCUCGGAAUCGGAGAGACACUUCUCCCAUGUUUGCCUCCCGGCUUGCUUCGACUUGAGACUUUAUUCGUACGUGUGUAAUAUUUUCAGCUUUCUUUUUACUACUGCCUGGAUCCAUCAUGCUCAAUCAUGCUCAAUGCUUCAUGUUGCUAGUACUUGCUACUUCUACAUAACUAUGUGCUCUGUUGUGUUUGGA